AAAAUCAUGUAAAAUAAAUAAUGAUGUAAGCGAUGAUGUAAUCGCUGAUGUAAUGAUUAUGUAAGCAAUGAUGUAAGCGAUGAUGUAUCGCUGAGGUAAGCGCUUAUGUCAGCGCCUUAAAUCCUCCUAUAAAUAAGUGUGUACCCCUUGUAAGAAAUCACAACUUGAAAUAUCAUAAAAUUUCAUAAUAGCUUUCUCUCUCUAAAUGUUUCUCUAACUUAUCUCUAAGUUUUCCAGACUUCCUAACUUCUUCAUAAACCUUGUUUCUUUCUAUUCUAAACACAGUCGCGAUUCUGUAUUGUUCUCUUAAGGUUAGCAUAAGUGGUCCGUCAAUACGACGAUCGAACACGGCAGUCAAUAAUACUCGCCGGGGUUCACAGUUCCUAAUAGUAGGUUGAGCAACACAGAUGGCAAUGAGGCCCGAAUCGCUCCCUUUACCUGGAAUAUGAACCCUUGCUUGUAAACACGACUGUCGUCUAGACUUAGUCAACACGACCCUCCGUUCGUGCUAGCUUUAAGAUUAUACCAUAAUCUUAAAGCUAUACCAUAAUCUUGCAGUGACGUUCAAAAUAAAGUAAAAUGUUGAUGAUAUGUAAAUUUAACGUGAAAAAUGAGAUGACCAAGUGAUUGAAUAUCUUUUGCAGAUGCAUAUGUGGGGUCAUGGUUCGCAAUACUGAAUAUCUUUUGCAGAUGCAUAUGUGGGGUCAUGGUUCGCAAUACCGAAAAGGUCCAGAAUCGCUCCGGGGGACGAAAUCGUCGUCUUCGAUACUAAGGCUGCCAUGUUACUGUUGUGCUGAAGGUUGUAAGAACAACAUAGACCAUCCAAGAUCAAAGCCUCUCAAAGAAACGCAUUACAAGACUCGAUUUAUACCAAGACUCUGUUAGUGUGUUAUAUCAUCUAAACGACACCGUUCUGUCUCUCUCGCUUUUCGAUCUUCCUCCGUCUCCUCCCCUGCCGUCGUAACUUUCUCGGCUUCGAUUUUAAGAUUCAGUAGGAGUAAGAGAGAGUCGAAGGCUUCUAUUGUUCAAUUCAAUACAAGGAACUUGUUGUUGUUGUGACUCUAAUCGAGUAUACAGUUGAAUCCCUCAUGAGUUCUUCGAUAAGCAAUUUGCCAGAUGAGGUACUUGGCAAAAUCUUGUCUUUGCUUCCGACAAAAGAGGCUGCUUCCACAUCAGUUCUGUCCAAGAGGUGGAGGAAUCUGCUGAGUCUUGUAGAUAACCUUUGCUUUGAUGAUUCGAUGGUUGUGUAUCUCAACGAAGAAGAAGCUUUAAGUGGUUCUCAUAGCUUCUCUGAUUUCGUAGACAAGACAUUUGCUCUGUUAGGCAAUUCACACAUUAAGAAAUUAUCUCUCUGUCAUAUACCUACACCUGACCGUUACGAUGCAUACCAACGUUGGAUAUGGACUGCAAUGGAACGUGGUUUACUGGAACUACACUUGCACGCCUAUACUGGUGGUGUUGAUAUAGAGACAGAUUUGUUCACGAGCAAUACACUGGUCAAGCUCACACUAUCCGGUGGAUAUGCUCUUCAAGCCAAACGCGUGUUUUUCCCAGCGCUCAAAUCACUUACUCUAUAUUUAACUUCAAGGCUUGAUCAUCCCAACUUUUGUCGGCUCAUCGAUGGCUGCCCUGUACUGGAAGAACUGUUCAUAUGUGAAGCUGAUUCUUGGGAUAUGCCAUGUUGCGGUGUAGGUGUGGAAAGUGCAUCCAUCAAGCGACUUGUGGUUUCUGUCAAUCUUCCGGGUUCUAAACACGAUCACGAUGUAACUUAUUUCAAAGCAGCAAGUCUUCUUUACCUUGACUAUUCUAGUUAUGUCUCUGAAAAUUAUGAGUUAACUGAUUUGGGUUCGCUUGUCGAAGUCAGGCUGAGUCUCCGGUUAUGGGACUCAACUAAAGAUUAUGAUUAUUCUGAUGAAGAUGAUGACUAUUAUGGUUACUAUUAUGAUGAUGAACCGGCUAUAUUUGGUGAUAUUACAAAUCUAGUUGCAGGUAUAAGCAACAUUACGACCCUUCACUUGUCUCCCGAUUCCCUUGAGGCGUUUCAUUUCUGUUGUGAAUCCAUGCCCAUGUUCAACAACCUCCUUAAUUUAUCUAUUGAGAGUAACAAUGAUAAAGGUUGGCAAGUAAUGCCACUUCUCCUCACGAGUUGUCCAAAUCUACACACUUUAGUCUUCAAGGGUCUUGUACACAGAGUAACAAAUAAAUGCGGAGACGCAUGCGCUUGCAUCCCUAAGACGCAGAAGCAUGAGAAAAAGAAGAAGAGGAAGAUUGUGAAGGAGGAGGAGAAAUUAUGCUGUUUAUGGACAUGUCAAGUGAAGGUGCUAGAGAUUUCAGAGUACGGUGGUUCUUUUCAAGAGCUGAAACAGAUGAGACACUUCUUGGGCAAGUUGGAGUGUCUUGAAACUGUGAAAGUUGGUGUUGCUGCGGACAACGACAACAACACUGAGUUCUUGCGAGCUAAUCUGAGGACUCUCUCCAGACUUUCACCAAAGUGCAACAACAUCCAAUUCGUCUGACCUUUUCUUUCCUUGGUCUUUUUCGCUUUGACGUGGGAAUGUGAAAGUAACUUAGCAUGUAUAGUAGUAUAUGGUUAUAUCACUAUAAUAUCAUUAAAUCUCUUUCUGGAAGAUGUACAAUAAUACCUAUGCGUUUUUCUUCUUCCUGUGAACUUUUAGUUUAUGGUUAGUACAAAUCAAGAUCCUAUAUUAGUCU